CUACGUGCUGCUAGAAGGCCGUAGGGUACACGGUUGCUUGAACGAGGCGUGCAGAUCAAGCGUAAUGUUUGACGAUAACCGGCACAUGCCGUGCAACAGAGGAGCAGAGUAUUGUAACAACAAAUCUCGGCGCAUGCCUCUCCCUACUUUAACACACGCGCCCUAUGAAGAAUAUCUUCAGCCUCUACGUGCUUCCCCUGGCGGCUCAGUGCCUGUCCCAGAUUGUUCAUGCUCGUCAACGUUGAAGGGUGCUUCACUCCCGACACUUCCUCCCUCAGUGCCAGCGUCGCUCGAUGCAUCUUCUCCGCCUCUGCGUACUUCCCCUGGUGUGCCAGCGUCGCUCGAUGCAUCUCCUCCGCCUCUGCGUACUUCCCCUGGCGGCCCAGUGCCUGCCCCAGAUUGUUCAUGACUGUGAGCGUCGAUGGGUGCUUCUUUCCCAGCACUUCCUCUAUCAGUGCCAGCGUCGCUCGAUACAUCUCCUCCGCCUCUGCGUACUUCCCCUGCGUCCUGUCCGGUCCAGCAGCAACAUCCUGGCCUCCGCCUCGUACAGCUCCGGCCAGUCUGCAACGUACACGGCGUGAGGCAAAUACGCCGCCCACAUCUCUCUGCUCUCGUGAUCGCCAUACGGCACAAUCUCUACCAGCCUUUGUAGAGUCCUUUUCACCCACUCGACCCAGUGGCCGCUCUUCCUCAGCCACCCUCGCAUCGCCAAGUGAACAAGAGGAUGGACAUCGAAUGCCUUUGCUUGCUUUUCCGUUUCCGCUGCCGGCCUGUUUCUCUGGCUCUGCCGUUCGGUGACAAACGCAUACGCUUUCAACGUCCCAAUGGCCUUCGUCUGCUCUGUUCUAGACCCUCCCGGC